AUGAGCUUUUUAUCGAAGAUCUCCAAUUUAAGGAAAUCAUUACCAGCGACAGCUCCGAAAGAGAAACCAAAAACAGACAGAAAGGUAGAAAAUGAUGAAUAUUCGAUAUUACCCAAGAAUUAUAUCAGAGAAGAGGACCCAGCUGUGAAAAGACUUAAAGAAUUGAGGCGACAGGAGCUUUUAAAAAGUGGUGAGUUGUCAAAAAAAGCGAGAAGCCAGAGCAAAUCCAAUGUUCACAGGAAGAAGACGGAAACCGACGACGGAUAUUCUGCAGGCACCAGAUUCAAGAAAAAGAUAGGCGCGUCCGCAGCUGCACCCGGGGUACCCUCGAUGCCAAGAACAUCCGAGCCGAUCAAGAAGCUCAGCUUCGAGGAGUUGAUGCAACAAGCGGAAAAUAAUGCACAGAAGACAGGAAGCGAUGAGGGAAAGUCGCAGUCGGAGGUCACUGCAGAUCAGAAAGCCAAAGGACAACUUCCUUCUCGAAAUUACGAUAAAAAAAUUAGUUUCAAGAAAAGGAUUGACGGGAACAGCAGGCCCGCGACGUCUUCAAGACCACAGAGGCGAGGCACGGAGCCACAGAAAAAGCAACCUGAGGCGGUCAGGGUUCGAGCAGUCGGUGCAGGACUUGCCCAGCCCAACGAGAAGAUUAGACGACAACUGGAGCAAAGAAAGCGACAAUCGAGGCAACAAAGAAAGGAGAUAGAAUAUGAGAGCGACUUGGAUGACUUCAUUGAGGAUGAUACAAGCGAGACGUACGGCAGGGGAUCAUCCCGAGACGAGGGUCAAUAUGACCGUGAUGAAAUAUGGGCGUUGUUUAAUAGGGGUAAGAGGCGUUCUGACUUGAUGUUUGAUGAUUAUGAAGACGACGAUAUGGAGGCAAAUGAAAUGGAGAUCCUCGAAGAGGAAGAAAAGGCAGGUAUGAUGGCAAGAUUAGAGGAUAAACGAGAGGAGGAGUGGCUGAAGAAACAUGAGCAGGAGAAAAAGCGUCGCAAACGAAUGAAAGGUUGA